CUUGUUUAUGGCCAUCAGAUGCUUCGAAACUAACCAUCUGUAAACUAAUCAAGAAAAAGGCCCCUACUCAAAGUACAUGGGAGCAACUGGAUAUUAGGAUUCUGCACACAAAAAACACUUUUGAAGAUGCCUUGAAAAAACUGGACACAGCUGAGCAAACGUCCGACUUAGAAACUGAAGACAGUGAAAUGGAGAAGCGGUCUAGGAGAAAGCGCAAAAGGAUUGUACUAUCCGACGAUAGUGGAAGUGAAGAAGUCAACGACUUUGACUUAUGGCCGAUGCCUUCUCCGCCACCUUACGCAUGCCCACCAGAGAGACACUCCCAGCCGACAAUGUCAACCCACUCAGAAAGACACUCCCAGCCGACCAUGUCGACCCACUCAGGUGCACCAAUCCCGUCGAGAGGGAGUGGACUGUCAUUCCGCAACAGCCCUGAAAGACACUCCGAGCCGACCAUGUUGACCCACUCAGGUGCACCAAUUCCGUCGAAAGGGAGUGGAGUGUCAUUCCGCUACAGCCCUGAAAGACACUCCCAGCCGACCAUGUUGACCGACUCAAGUGCACUGGCCCUGUCGAGGGAGCGUGGAGUAUCGUUCCACGAGAGCUCUGAGAGACACUACCAGCCGACCAUGUCGACCCACUCAAGUGCACUGGGCCUGUCAAGGGAGCGUGGAGUGUUGUUGCAUGAGAGCUCUGAACGACGCUACCAGCCAACCAUGUCUGCCCACUCAAGUGCACCGGCCCUGUCGAGGGAGCACGGAGUGUUGUUCCACGAGAGCUCUGAGAGAGACUCCCAGCCGACCAUGUCGACCUACUCAAGUGCUCCAGUCCUGUCGAGGAAGCAUGGUGAUGAUUACAACGCUUGCAGCAUCAGAAAUUUGUUGUUGAAGCUUCAGGCUCGUCAGCUGGCCUUUGAGGAGAAAGUGCUUCACAACCACGCCCAGAUACUUUCAGAAGUUAAACAAUUUCGGAGGAUGUUAGUGGCCCACGGCAAAACUUCGAAGCCCGUCAGGCUUCCUGAGGACUGCCCCAAAAUCCCAGCAACGAACAUAAGUGAACUCUUGGACAUUGAGAGGUACCUGGAAAAGGAAUCCAACAUGGAGGCAUUGGUGCAUUUCUUUUCGAAAAAAGGGGGAAAUGACCACAACGAUUGCGUCAGGGCGGUUCUUGGGGAUCUGGUGGCCAACGAAGCAGCCCUUCAGCUGAGUUGGAAAGGGUCUGGCGGCACUAAAGGAAGCUUUCAGAAGUUUGAACAGAUACUGAGCCUCAUACUGAGCUCUGUAAAGGACCAUGACUGUGUCGGGACUGCCACACUAACCUCUGUAAAGAAGGUGGUGAAACCCUGGCUAGCAGGCGCGGGAGACAGACGUGGGGGACGUAACAGACGACGGAAGGCUUCCUGUGCGCCCGAGUGAACAUUGAAUCAAUGAAAGGCUUCCCAUGCGCUGAAGUGAAGGUUGCACUUAUCGUUUUGUUUAAUUUUUUUUAAUUAUUGCUGGUUUAGGUCACCAUUUCUCUUAAAUUCUUUAGAAUAUUUUAUUUAAUGUUGGUUUAGCUUACCAGUUCUUUGAACAUCAUUUUAAUUUUUUUUAAUUACUGCUGGUUUAGCUCACCAUUACUUUCAAUAUUCAAGACAUCUUUCUUUUAAUUUUUUCAUUCCAAUUAUCACAUUGUGUUUUAAAUUUGUUUAUUGCUGGUUCAACUCACCAUUUCGUUGAACAUUGCAGAUAUUGCUUCAUCUUAAUUUUUUUUAUUUACUGCUGGUUUAGCUCACCAUUACUUUGAACAUUCCAGAUAUUGCUUUGUUUAAAAUAUUUUAUUUGUUGUUGGUCUAGUCCACUAUUUCUUAUUGUUGGUUUAGUCCACUAUUUUUUAUUGUUGGUUUAGUCCACCAUUUCUUUCGACAUGUCUCUAGAAUGAAUAAACAAGUUUGGGUUGUGACAUUGCUCGUUAUUGCCUUAUUUCUUGAUGUGCAGUGUCCCAAAUAUCAAAGACCCAUUAACUGCAUGCAGUGGUUCGAAGCCCACAUGGGCCAGACUCUCUCUAUUUUGAGUGAGUAGAUACAGCAGAUUUUUACUUGUUUCCUCACCUCAAGAAAUGUGAUCCAGGACAAAGCAAAUCGAGCACAGCCACCUGCAGCCUUGUCAAAUGGGUCUUUCAUAAUGUGUGAGCGUGUAUUGAGGGAGCUAACAAUUGUUGCCCAUGAAUAUUGCAAAAUAUUUGUGUAGUGGUUAUCCAGCGUUUAGUUCUUUCAGCAUAUGCAAAUGUAGGCGUCCAGUCGACACCUGCUGUUCUAAUGUCGAUAUAUCUUAUUGCAGAAGGUGCCUACCACUGUAGCCAAUUAUAGACCUUUCAAAAUUCUGCCUUGUCCUGACAGUGCUGAAAAUAUUGCACUCCUAAAGGUGUAGCAAUUAUUUUUGUAGCACUUCAUUUUUUAGCAAUAUUGCUGGGCUUU